AUGGACCUGGAGGACGACUACGGCGUCGGCGGCGACGACGACGACCUCAAGCGGCGCCGGUGGACGAAGCGCGAGGACGAAAAGCUCCGCGCGGGCGUCAAGGCCGUGGGCUCCGGCGACUGGGCGGCCGUGUGCAACACGUACCUCGGCGGCCACGGCCGGUCGCCGGAGCAGUGCCGCCACCGCUGGGAGCACGUGCUCAGCGAGGGCCUCGUCAAGGGCGCGUUCACGGAGGACGAGGACGAGAUCAUCGUCCGGGCCAUGAAGGAGGGCCGCCAGCUCACGUGGAUGCAGAUCGCCGCGCGCAUCCCCGGGCGCAUCGGGAAGCAGUGCCGCGAGCGCUGGACGAACCACCUCGACCCCUCCCUCAAGAAGGGCGGCUGGACGCCCGAGGAGGACUCGAUCAUGGCCGAGGCGCAGACGCGGUGGGGCAACGCGUGGACCAAAAUCGCGGAGCUGCUGCCCGGCCGCGCGGAGAACGCCGUCAAGAACCGCUGGAACUCGGCCUUCCGCCGC